CUGAGGGCAGGGCAUAGAUCUUGCGUCCGUGGACUCUUAGAUCUGCCCGAUGACGCGAGGCCGGGCAGCAGGGCAGCGUAGCGCCGCCGAGCGGUCUUUUUUCUUUGGCCUCUUGCGGCCGGACAUUGAGGCUGAGGUGCGCCGGGAGGCGAAGGCAGUCUCGUGUUUGGCAGUCUGUUGUCUGCAGGUGCGUGCGCUUCCAGAGGCCAACCAGGCCCUUGCGGUCGAAUCGAUGAAGAGUAUGUAGCACAAGGAUGCCGCCGCCAGCACCUGUGACACGGAUGUCCUGUCAGGUUCCAUAAUACAGCGAACGACAAUGGCCGCCACCUCGAAGUCAACGCGCAGGGCGGGGUAAGGAAAGAAUAAGCCGCACCUCCGCCCACGCUACUUGUUGGUCUCCUUUGUCUUGUUUCCAGGCCAAUGGACCCGGGCAACAUCACCGUGGAGCAGUGCCGGGCGGCCAUGAAUGUAAGAUCUGGCAAAACACACGGUCUCUCACAGAUAUGCCGAUCCGCGAUGAUUUGAUGCUCCAUUACAGUACGCCAACAAGAGUGCAGCACCGAUGGAGCGCACACUGAGCGCUGAUUUCCAUCCGUGCGUAGGCGGCUUGCUCAACUCGUUUAGCAAGUGUAAGUGAACACACACGCAGGCAGACAGGCAGACAGACAGGCAGGCAGGCAGGCAUUGCACAUGGCAUGCAUCAGGGAACCGACGCAUUUCUUUCAUUAAUGAAACGUUGUGUGUCAUGUCUGUCCAUUUCCCAUGGCGCGUGUUGUGUGGCGAUCCACGUAUCGAUGCACAUGUCAGGGGGUACUCACAGUGCCGACGAGAUUAUCGCACAUCAACACGCGUUCCUGCUGCAGAAGUUCAUGAUCAAGACGCAGUGAGUACACAUCCGGGCGCCAUGCAUACUUGAUUGUGCUUUGUUGAUCGUCGAAAAUACAGGGGUUUGCACGAGUUUGGGAUGACCGAUGCGUCCGUGAGGAGCCGUGUGACGUACGGUUCGGCCACAUCGUUCGCUGGUGCGUAUUCGAAAGACGAAGACGCACACAAAGCACAAAGCUCAAUCUCUUUCCCCGUAACGCACGCAGGUCUGGAGCGCAUCCGUGUGAGAGAGAUGUUGCUGUGGCAGAGCCACCCUGGUCGCGUGUUGGUCGUCAACAUCGUGACACGACCCCUGAAGCAGACCUGUGUGGGGUUCAUAGGAAAGGAUGAAGAGGGCACACCCAUAUUGGUACGACGGACAUGGGACGCACACGGUAGAGAAAGAGAUUUACUGGUGGGUCCAUUCGCUGUAGGUGGCCAUGUACAACUGUGGAAUGUACAGCCAGGAGGAUGCCGACGAGAAGAUCAAACCCGACACAUGGUGUGCAAUCGCAAACCCAUUCUACAAGGUCAUCGCAACCUACACCGAGAUCUUCUCAUGUAUCCGUCUCUGUCAUAUCUCUGUCCUCUCUUGCCGUAUCCACAGAUCGCAGGCGACGGCUUUCGGGCUGUUCGUAUUGAUGAUCCGAGCCAGGUGAGGCUCGAUGUGAGCCCUCGCGACGCGUCAUUCCAAGCGGAGGCCAACAAGGUGCGUGCCGCGGAUCCGUCCACAGCUGAGGGCUGGAAGGCCAAGGGCAAUUCGCACUUUGGCAAGAGGGAGUUUCUCGACGCAUACAUAGCUUAUAUGAAGGUGGGAAGAGGAACAACGAGAUAUGCAGCUGAGCUCAGCUGCCAUCAUGUGCACUGACUGACGCUACUGCUGUUCCUUCCGUAUUCUUGUCUACAGGGUAUUCGACUGGGCGUGCAUCAGGUCGUCUGUGAGGUGCUGAUGAGGCGAGCGAAGUGCCGCAUCGGAUGCGGGGAGUACCUCGGCGCCUUCAUGGACGUCUUCACCGUGCUGCGGCUGCUACCACACCCCACCAGUAAGUGGGGGAGGACAGCAAUCCACUGCAUGGACAUGCAACCUCCGUACAAACGCGUUUCCGUCUCGUUUGUGUGUUUGGAUGCAGGCGUCGAGAAGGACAGCAAGGUGCACGUCAUCCAGCAGGCAGCACUGGACAUCUACGGCGUGAUGAUGCAGUGGCUGACAGCCUCGCAGGGCGACACAUCCACAUCCACCAGCAGCAACGGCAACAGCGGCAUUGAAGUGCCCAUCCCAACGAGAGAGACCAUGACGGCAUUUGUCACGGAUGUCGUCACGCAUCUGUGCACAGCCAGAGGGCCAGAGGGUGUGGAGGGUCGCGACAUCAGCGAGGCGCUUCAGGCAGGCGAGGUGCUGCAAGAUGAUGACGAGAAUUACGCCGAGGCCGCGGACGUCUUCACGGCCGGACUGGCGGAAGCGGAUCUUGACACACUCAUGGUGGGCGAGGCGGGAUACGUACGGUGUUCACCACCGAACGACGCUUGUGUCCCUUUCAGAUUCUCCUGAGCAAUGCAUCCGCCUGUUUGCUGAAGCCAGAGCUGGUCAAGGAGGGCGGUCCGGACGCCAUGUGCUGCGCGGCAGCGGCACUGCACAUCAGCUGCUUGAAGCCGUGUGCUGAAUUUACCCCCAUCCAGCAGAAGGUGCGUACCCACCCCGAAUCAACCCACAAGCUUCCUGCCAAUUUUCCCUGCCUGCUGUGCUUACCCCCUGUAUAGGUACUCGUCCGGCUGGGCCAGGCCCUACUCGCAGAGCGGCUUUUUGAUGCUGCCGACGUAGUCGUCGAAACGCUGGGGCAACAGGUAUCAAACACCAGCGGACAUCCAUCAACAGAUGGACAAUGUCAUCACGUCUGUGUGUCUGUUGAGCCCGCCAGGAUCUCACUGAGCCAAUCAAGGGCCAGGUAGAUGCCUUAUCUGACCGUCUGACGGCCCACAAGGCGCAGGCCAAGGGCGACUUUGACUGGCCAUCGAUCUACGCGUGUCACCUGGCCAACGCCAAGGCCAGGCAAGAUGGCAAGCCGCCGACACCGCUUGAUUUGGCCGAGUAUGCCGGGCCCAUCACCGUGAAGCAGGCGGAGGGCAAGGGCAGGGGGCUCUUCGCGACUCGGAACAUCCAGCCAGGGGAGCUGCUCAUCGUUCAGAAGGUGAGAUGCUUCACUGACCGAUGCCCGGAAGAGGAGUGACACACAUCGGCCUUCUGUGCCUUGUCUGUUUGACGUGCAGCCGCUCAUAUUGGAGACCGGUGCCGCGGUCUUUGAGAUCGAAGGCAAUCGGCUGACACGUGGGUCACAGCACCGAGCAUACGAGAAGUUGGUCAAGCUCGCCGUUGACGGCUGGCAUCCACGGCUGGUGUCGCAACUGGGCUGUCUGUCCGAGGGCCCAGACCAUUUGCCCACGUAUGAGGCCCCGGUGAGAAGAGAAGAUGCCCCUUGGCCCAUUGAUUUCACUUCCUCUUUCGAUAUGCGUUUUUCAGAGCGUUGAUAGGACCAUGGGCCUUGGACCAACCGCGUUUCCAUUCCUCCCGCGGCUCUACAUGGGUGCGCUCAAAGGCGGCAAGGGCGACCUGAGGGAGUUCGGUGCGCCUUUCGUCCAACUCCACCCAGACCAAGUUCGCAAUCUGGUCGGUCAGCAUCACACUGUACCACACGAUGCCAAUGGUAAUAGUCCUUUCUUUGUGUUGAUAUCAGUGUGACAACAACAUCCACGAUGCCCACGGCAUCCUGGCACGGACGCCGAAGAAACCACGAUCAGGUAAGUGAUCAUGCAAGCAAGCUCGUGGUUUCUGCUGAUGGUACCACAGUGUAUUUGCCGUCUUGUAUCGGUCCGCGUCCGCAGAGGGCGACAAGAAUGGGUGGGACAACAAAAGUGGUCUCUGGGUCUUGCCGUCCUUGAUGAAUCACGACGGCACGUGCAGGAACGCCAUGUGGUACGCAACACUCGCUCUCUUCAUUCUGCCUGACACACACUGCUCUGACGCGAUGCAGGGUUGCUAUUGAUGAGUGGAUGGUGGUGCGAGCUACCAGGCCCAUCGCUGAAGGAGCAGAGGUACUGACUGCCUACUACCCGUGUUUCGGCGAGAUCCCGCCGAAGAAGGAGGCCGACUUCGCCAAGGUAGGUGAGCAAACAACCUUCCUUCAUCCAUCCCUCUGUGUGCGCGAUGGAUGCACAGAAGUGGUCCAUCCCGUCUGCGUACGACAACGACACGUACAAGGCACUCGAGGUACGAAGAUGAUGUCAGCGUCAGCUGUACCUCGAGUGCCUUGUGUACUUGUGUUCCUUCUAUUUUGGCUGCAGGAUGGUGAGAAGCGCUUCAAGGUGAUUGAUUCCAUGUUCAACACCUCCAUCGAGCCAUCGGGGCGGCCGGCGAAAGACGCGGCCACCAAGAUCACCACGGGGCUGCUGGAGUGCGACAAGCUGCAGAUCAAGAUAGAGGACCUCAACGUGCCUACCCUGCUCAUCUCCAGAGUACACAAGGUGAGUCGUAGCGAGCGAAUGAAUGAGUGAGAUGGUGGAGGGCGCGUGCCGCCUGUUGUCCCUGUCAGCUGCGUGGGAUGCUGUUGAGCCGGCUGCUGUCGUGGGACGAGGUGGCCAGGUGCUUCAUGCAGUCCAUCGAGGCGUCACGCGCCAUCCGCGGACCCCACGAAGACGACCUGGCGACCAUGGCCAACUUCACCAUGUUCGUCAAGAGCGGCCCCGCACACAAGAGGAUGGUGGGCUGAUGCCACUUGACACACGGACACCACGCGCGGCAUGAAGGAAUGAGUGUGCGUGUGCGUCAUGGUGUACACAGGUCACGGAGAUGAAGAAGACCUGUGAGGUGCUGUACGGCACAAGCGAAGCGGCCAACGUGCUCUUCCUCGGCGAGUGCGACCUUCCUCCUUUCCGCACCUGACGGACCCAUUGAUUAGCAGCGGUAGAUAGACGGUAGAUAGACGAGCCGAGCAAAAGUGGCCGGCCGACGUCCGUAGCUGGCCUUCCUUUGUGUGUGUGUGUGUGUGUGUAAUGGGCAUGGCGUGUUGAGAUGGAAUCUGCGGACGGAAGGACAACAGAUAUGUGCGACUGAAUGAAUGAAUGAAUGUGUGUGGUUCAAUUGGUGAGUGGAUGAGAUCAGCCAGCCAACAGUCCAAAGACACAAGGAGUCAGACAGGCAGACAAGACAGAUGGAGAGACAGACAUCGGGGGAGGCGAGCCAGCGACAGAAGUCUAAGUGUGUGUGUAGGUAUACAUCAAUCAGUCUGUGGACAGAUGGACAGACUACAACACCACCACUAC